GGUUAAGCUGAAGCUGUCGGUUUGGUCUCCAUUAGUUGACUUGCUGAGCAUUGAUUUUUGGAACCUAUUCCUUAUUAUUAGGUAUCAUUUGAUUCUCACUUUGAAGUGCUUCCUAUGAAAAUAAUUCGUAGUGUUUGGGAUCAUAGUAUUUUUAAGACGUAACAUGGAAGACAAGUGUGGAAUCAAGAAAGAUGUUACAGAAUUGAUAGGCAAUACCCCAAUGGUAUAUCUCAAUAAUGUUGUGGAUGGUUGUGUUGCCCGUGUGGCUGCCAAGCUUGAGAUGAUGCAACCAUGUUCCAGUAUUAAAGAUAGGAUUGCAUAUAGUAUGAUCCAAGAUGCAGAGGAUAAGGGUCUGAUUACACCGGGGAAGACUGUUCUCAUGGAAAUAACAGGUGGCAAUACUGGAAUUGGGUUGGCUUUCAUUGCAGCCAUCAAGGGUUACAAGCUAAUCCUUAUCAUGCCAGCUUCAUAUAGCCUUGAGAGAAGAAUUGUGUCCCUAGCUUUUGGAGCUGAGUUGUACCUUACAGAUCCUGACAAGGGCCAUGAAGAAGCUCUUAAGAAGGCUGACGAGCUCUUAAGCAAAAUCCCUAAUAGUUAUCUGUUAAAACAAUUUGAAAAUCCUGCCAACCCAAGGAUCCAUUAUGAAACCACUGGCCCAGAGAUAUGGAGAGAUUCAGCACGAAAAGUUGAUGUUCUAGUUGCAGGGAUAGGUACUGGGGGUACAAUAACUGGUGCAGGGAAUUUCCUCAAGGAGAGAAACCCAGAGAUAAAGGUGUAUGGGGUAGAACCGGUUGAAAGCGCCCUCUUGAAUGGAGGACAACAUGGCAAGCAUCUGAUUCAAGGAAUUGGUGCUGGUUUUUUCUCUGCUGUUCUGGAUGUCAAUGUGCUUGAUGAAGUUAUUCAAGUAUCUAGUGAGGAAGCUAUUGAAACUGCUAAGCUGCUUGCCCUGAAGGAAGGUUUGCUGGUGGGGAUUUCAUCUGGUGCUGCAGCAGCUGCUGCGAUAAAGGUGGGAAAGAGGCCGGAAAAUGCUGGGAAACUCAUUGUCGUGAUUUUCCCCAGCUGUGGGGAGCGUUAUUUGUCUACUGCACUCUUUGAUUCCAUUAGACAUGAGGCGGAAAAUAUGACUUUUGACUGAUGUUUUCAUUAAAUAAGAACUAAUGUCUCCACAAAGAUGAAGUAUGAUGAAUUUGAGAGAUUAUCUUCGUAGUCUCUAUUUUGAAGAUAUACCAGUAAAGAAAAAAAAAACAUGAUACUAUACAUUGUUGACUCUUAUAUUUAAACCUUUCUAUGUGCUCAGAAAGCACAUGGAAAGGCUCAAAUAGGAUGGCAGUUUAAUUUAAACACAUGUAGUUUGUUAUUUGUAAUUUGAAUUACACCCCAUCUGCCUUUCCAGUUGUGAAGAACUUCGAUCUCUGGAUGAUCUACUCCUCAGGUGGAUGUAAUUUGUACAAGUCUAACAUAUAAAAUUAUGUAAUCUGUACCAAGUCCAACAUAUUAAAUGUCUUCCAAAUUUCUUUACCUCUA